UCAUUUAAGAAAUUACUUCUACAAUUUCUUUUUGAAUGCCUUCUGUUAUUCCGUUGACAAAUUCACUGUAAAAUGAUCUGGAAAUGCCUUUCGAAUUUUCUUCGAAAAUUUGUGAUGUUUUUCGGGAUUCCUUUCGGAAAUUAUUUUGCCAAUUCCUUCUUUUUUCGGUCAUUUCAUUAUGGUGCUUUUAUGCAUUUCUAUGUGAACUUUUCUGAAGAUUGCUUUGUGAUGUGUUUAAUUCUUUGGGAAUCUGUCUAGCAAUUCCUUUCGUAUUUAAAAAUUAUUUUGAUAACUUGGUAAUUUUGGCCAUUCCAUUUUUUAAUGUUCCAGGCCCGAUAUUAUUCUUUGCCAAAGAAAUUUCCUUUACGAAAAGUUUCUGGACAUACCGGGAAUUGAACUCGUCACCCUCAGCUUGGUGAUGCUGAAUACCCACGGCAUUGCAGCUCACAGUUCCAAAGCUAUUUGUCGAAUAAAUUACCAAAGGCAGCAGUGUUAGUAAAACUCCCCCAGAAGUGCCUGAAGGCCGUAGGUAGUAAUUAUCAAAAAAAUACCUAAGAAACUAAAAAAAACUAUAGGAACUGUUGGAUUAUGGUUCACAGAAAUUGCUAAAAUAGUAUCCAAAGAAGGUAAUUCAAAAUACAUUACUAGAAAAAUAUAAGGAUUUUCUCAAUUGACGAAAAAUGCCCAUUCAAUUAUUGUAGGAAUUAGCGAAGAAGUGUUCAGACACAAUAGUGGGAUACGUUACGGAAUUUCAUGGGAAUUGACAAUUUACUUGGGAAAUGACUGCGCGAUUUUUUUUGGGAAUUUCUUCGGCAAUUUGUUUAGUAUAACUCUUUCUUCUGGAAAUCCUGCAGUAUUUUUUUUUUAGAAAUUCUUUCAAUUAUUUCGAUUUGAUUUCCUUCUGCUACUCCGUCGACAAAUUCCAUGGUAAUGGUUUUGGAAUUUUCUCCUUUGGAUUCUUUUGAGAACUGAUCCGGAAAUUCCUUUAACAUUCAUUUAGAAAUCGUUUUUGGAAGUGCCAUCGAAACUCAUUCGGUAUUUUGAGAAAUUCUUCAGCAAUGCACAGUGGGAAAAAUAGGUGUAAAACGUGAAUUAAUUCAAUAUCUCUGCUCGGAGUGCGGCUGUUCGAGUCCGUAUGAAGUUAAUCAUCAAUAUUAACUUCUUUUCUCGAUCAGCCUAUAUAGCUGUGUAGUGUCGGUAGCAAUUGUCUCAACUGGCUAAGAAUAACACUACGGACCGCCUGUUCCGGUGGUAAGAAUCCACCAACAGGUGACCCCUAAUUCAUGGUGUGAUGCGGCUUUAUGCUCACCGUGCCUAGGAAUGAAUGGCUAGGGGGGUCUAAUAAAAACCUAACCGCUAACGGAGCCUGUGGAGUACCAGGGCGCUCUCCACAGUAUGUAGCCCUUACUGCGCUAACCGGAGCAAUGGUGAAGUGGACCUUGUGUUUCUUCGAGACAAUCAGCUGCCCUUCUUUAGUCUCACUUGAGGCUAAAUAAGGGCGGGAUUAUGAAGAUGUUGUUAAUUAGUUUAAAUUUUCACCUAUAUGGUUUCGCAUUAUGCGAUUUACACAGUGUAUUCUGUGUAUCCUCGCCUUUGGCGUUUUCCAAUCGAUACCGAUUUGGUUUUAUUGUUGCUGUUCUUUGUCGUGCUGUUGUUGCGAAGAGUUUAAUCUUUCCUAGUUUGGGUAGUGGCUACGGUUAAGAUAGCUCAGAUCAAUCUUCAGCAUAAAAGAACAGCAACGAUCAAUCUUUGCAGACUUAUGCAAAAUGGUACAGCCCAAGUGGCCUUGGUACAAGAACCUUACUUUCGUAAGGGAAAUUUCUAUCUAGGAAACCUUGUGAACCCGGUGUUUGCCACUUUCAGUAAACAUGAAAUGGCAAGCUCGCGUGUCAUGCCUCGAGCCUGUGUGCUUGUCAACAACGCAAUAGUUGCUACACUCAUCUCUGAACUAACCACCAGAGAUGUAUGUGCUAUCAAAAUUGAUGUAUCUGUUGGAAACCUCAACAGGAAAUACGUAUAUUGUUCUGUGUAUUUACCGCAUGAUGAACCAUCCCCUACGGAUGCUUUUAAACAAGUCAUCGCAUACUGCACUUCAAAAGGCCUUCCGCUAAUUGUUGGCAGUGAUGCUAAUGCUCACCAUAUCUUCUGGGGCAGCUCAGACAUUAACUUGAGAGGCUCCAGUUUGAUGGAGUACUUAAGUAGUACAGAUCUUGCAUUACUUAACAUAGGCAACCGCCCAACCUUCAUGGUAUCUGCUAGAGAGGAAGUGUUAGAUAUAACGCUUUGCUCUAGCAGAAUUAGUCACGAGCUGACCAAUUGGCAUGUGUCAGAUGAAGAAUCUUUAUCUGACCAUCGCUACAUCUUUUUUGAACAUUUAAAUGUUACUUCGCAAACAUUGCGUUUCAGGAAUCCUCGGUCAACAAACUGGGAUCUUUAUACUGAUUUGGUUGCAGCCAAAUUUCAUGGAUAUUCACCAUCCAUUGACACUCCAAGUGAUUUAGAUGAUGCCGUUGAUACUACAACGACCUUCAUCAUGGAAGCUUUUGAAGAAGCAUGCCCUCUACGGUCUGUGAAGAUCACAAGAGGAACCCCUUGGUGGAACUCUGAUCUGGCGAAACUCAGGAAACAAUGUAGAAAGAGUUGGAACAGACGACGUUCGGCUGGUUCGGAGGCUUUCAGGUCGGCUCGCAAGGCCUACAGGAAAGCUCUCCGGUCUGCUGAACCUUCCUGCUGGAAAAACCUUUGUACAAAUGUUUCCAGCUUGAGUGAAGUCAGUCGGUUAAACAAAAUCCUUACGAUAUCUAAGGAUUUCCGGGUGAACGAACUUCGUUUGCCAAAUGGCGAUCUGACUUCCUCUGAUGAGGAAGUUCUGGAAUGCUUAUUCAGCACACACUUCCCUGGAUGUGUGGAUAUUACAUCUUCGGAUGAUUCUGAUGUCUUUUCUUGUAGUUAUGAUUCUUUAGCUUCGGCUCGGAGUAUUGUAACUAUAGAAUCGAUUGAGUGGGCUCUUAAUAGCUUUGCUCCUUUCAAAUCUCCUGGGGCAGAUGGGAUUUAUCCUAUUUUGCUUCAGAAGGGAUUUGAUUAUUUCAAACAUGUUUUAAAAAAAAACUACUUGUUUGCAGUUUUGCUACAGGGUAUAUUCCCAAAUCCUGGCGGGAUAUUACUGUAAAGUUUAUUCCGAAAGUGGGUCGUGCGUCGUAUGAAGAAGCAAAGAGUUUCAGACCUAUCAGUUUGACCUCUUUUCUUCUGAAAUGCUUAGAACGCAUUGUGGAUCAUCACAUCCGUGAUGUUCAUCUGGCCAACGUGCCUCUUCAUGUGAAUCAACAUGCCUACCAAUCUGGUAAGUCCACUGUGACUCUUUUACACAAGGUUGUUUACGAUAUCGAGAAAGCAUUCGCUCAAAAGCAAUCUUGUUUGGGUGUUUCUUAGAUAUCGAGGGUGCCUUGACAACGUGCCUUUCGAUGCCAUAUUGGAAGCCGCACGGAGUCAUGGUAUAUCUCCAAUGAUAUCCAAUUGGAUUCACCAAAUGCUCAAAAACCGAUAUCUCUUCUCGACAUUGCGUCUAGCAGGGAUUAGAAAAUUGAGUGUUUGUGGAUGCCCCAAAGGGGGGUCUUGUUUCCACUUUUGUGGAAUCUCGUACCUAGCCCUAGCAUUGUUAGUUGGUAUGUGUAUCACGACCCUUUUCGACCUGAUUCAAAACGCCCUUUAGGUAGUUGAGGGUUGGUGUCGCUAAUAUGGCCUUUCGGUUAAUCCGAGUAAAACAUCUAUUGUUCUUUUCACGGAAAGGCGAAACCGUAAUGGCGUUCGACCUUUGCGUCUCUUUGAUUCUGAAAUCGAUGUGACUGAACAGGUAAAGUACGUUGGAGUCAUUCUUGAUUCCAAGCUUUCCUGGACACCUCACAUUGAGUUCAGAAUCAAGAAAGCUUGUUUGGCCUUCGGGCAAUGCCGGCGUACUUUUGGUACAACUUGGGGUCUAAAACCCAAGUAUAUCAAAUGGAUUUACACAACUGUGGUUCGGCCAAUAUCGGCUUAUGGAUGUCUUGUGUGGUGGCAAAAGGGUGAAGUGAGAACGGUCCAAUCAAAAUUAGGCCAUCUCCAAAGGAUGUGCUUAAUGGCGAUGUCUGAACCGUUCUCUUCAACUCCUACGGCAGCACUAGAAGUUCUCUUUGACGUUGUCCCACUACAAAUUCAUCUCAAACAAGAAGCCCUUUUCUGCACUUACCGUCUACGGGUACUCGGUCUACUAGAGGAAACUCCUGUGAACCGCACAUCAACACACACCUCGUUGUUUCCACUUUUAGUGAAUUGGGACAAAAUUGUCCUUGCUCCAAGUGAUCUUACAAUUGCUUGUUAUUUUCCAUAUAGGACAUUUUCCACGAAAUUCCCUUCCCGGGAAGAGUGGACAUCUGGUUAUCUGGAAAGAAGUAUUUCAGACGGCAUCGUAUGUUACAUUGAUGGCUCCCUUCUCGAAGGUCGAGCAGGUGCUGGUGUUUAUUCUCGUGAGCUAAGGCUGUAUCAGUCUUACUCACUUGGUAGACACUGCACCGUUUUUCAGGCCGAAAUCUUUGCUCUUAUGUGCGGAGUGCAAUCAGCACUUCAGCAGCACGUAAUGGGCAAAGUAAAAUACUUCUGUUCAGAUAGCCAGGCUGCUAUUAAAGCACUUGCUUCGGCCAACUCCAGGUCGAAGACAGUUAUCGUGUCGUGUCGAACUCAAAUCGAAGAGCUGAAUUCAGCAAACGCUGUUCACCUUCUAUGGGUACCUGGUCAUUCUUCCAUCGCUGGAAAUGAAUUGGCUGAUGAGUUAGCUCGCUCUGGAGCAUGUAGCACGCAAAUUGCGGCUAAGAGUUUUUCCGUCUUCUGCUUCGUUCCCUGGCUCGAAAAACAGACGGCUUAAGCGCCACCUCCGAAGAGGACCGUCUGUCGAGUUAUGUUUGCCCGGCAAGAAACCCAACCUCAGGGCGGGUUUGUUUUAUAAGAGACCAAAUAGCGAUGUAGGGACGAUACAGAAAACUCAAAAGUAUGGCUAAUCGAGAUAUCUCACCUAUAGAGGUCGCCUUAAGCGAUUCUCAAAAUAUGGUUGAUGCUAACCGUCGUUCUACCAACUCACAAAGACACCACUCACGAGUAUCAUCAUUGGAAGAACUCACCAAUUCAAAUUUUCCUGUUAGCUUCGGACACGUGAGUGGAGAGACUGAUUUCCCAGGCAGUCUACCCUGGCGUACAAAAAGAACUAAAAAACAGGUAGAACGACGCGAACGUGAGAAAUCUCGAAGACCAAAAACUGUUACAUCGGGAAAAGCACUAACAUUCUACAAAAACAGCAUUUGAAGGUAACAAAAAACUAACGAAACAUUUAUUGAAAAUUUGAUAACCUAGGUUUUAUUCGAACAUGUUCCUUUCCAUGCUUUCUCUUCUUCUUCUAGCUUCCCUACUGUGUGUGCGGUUUUAAAUUUGUUCCUAAUCUAAUUUAGUUCUGUCGACAUUUAUCGAACAAGAAUCUUCUCCGAGCUCGGUUAGUGUGUGGAGUUUUCUAACGCAUGCGCAUGGUUAAUUUGAUUGGCUUGGUCUACUCACGGUACCUUUUUAGCUGCUCAUGAAUGCCGUCGGCAAAGAAGAAGCGACGGUGUGGCGGUCGACGGACGGCUUGGUAAAACAGCACGCUAUUCUUAGCGCAUCCUACGGUGGAGGUACUGCGACGAUUGCACCAAAUGCGCGCGACGCGCGGCGGUUUGGAAAGUGCGCCUUUCCCGCUGCCGGUCGCUAAACGGACCGGAUCACCGGCGCAGUUGCUUCUCGGUGUCGAUGACGAUGGGGGUCGUCGAUGGCUCGGUCGGUGUGGUGGCUACUAUAUGAACGCCGAAGGAAAACGUGGGAUUCCGCCGCCUCCGGUGGGUGAAUGUUCCGGUCACCGAAAAAGUUGCUUGAUGGCGUACUGACGAUGGGGGUCGUCGGUGGCUUGGUGGGUACGGUGUCUACCUCAUGAACACCGAACAAAAACGUGGUUUGGCCGCUCUGUCGGAACGGUUGUUCCCUUCCGGCUUUCCCCUCAAACCGGGACUUUUGACGCUGCGACGUGGGGUCGAGAGCGCGUUUGGCGAAAAAGGUGCGGUGUGCCGAGCUUUCGGCCGUGGAUCAAAUCCUAAAUAAAAAGCCGUCGAACGGCUGUUCGACACGUUUAACAAAAAGUUUACUCCACACAACAAAAAUAUCAAUUACCUUUUUCUAUUCACUAACACGCACACACAAUCUAAUUUGACCGCACAUAAACUUUUAACAUAGGUUGUUGAACUUUGCUAUCUAACGGAAAGGAACGAAAAAGUAACAUUUAAUUUAAUCUAAAAGACUUCUCACAUUUUAUAAGUAUUACCAAAUAUAACACACCGCGACACUAAACUUAGAACCCGCACUCUCGCCUCUUUCACGGUCCAGGUCAAAAUGGACGAGUAGAAGUUCUGUAGGUCCUCAGAUAAGGUCGGAUCCCAAGACUUCGUGGCCGGAAAUACGUAAAAUUACCGAAGUAAUUUUACGAUCUUUUCAAACGACAAUUCUCAUCAACCACGAAUGAGAACCGAAUAAAUUGCUAUCUCUUUCACUUUCAUACCCAUCUGAAUGAUCUGUAUCGUUCCAUCUAUUUUUAAAUACCCGAUCUUAUUUUGGUGAGAGGGUUCGGGCUUGAACUAUAAACCUCGAGAUCGUUCGGGUUUCGUGGUGUAGUGGAUAGGGCAGCAGGGAUUUUAUUUGUAUGUAUUAGACUUGAGAAGGCGACUUGCAUGCAAGUUGUAUGCGGGUUUAACGGUGCAUGUCAUUUCGAAUGGUGACAUUGAAUAUCGCAAAACAUUUAUAGUGAACUUUGGAAUUUAGUACAUUUGACAAUGAAAACAAUAAACUGAAUUGAAAAAUAAAUUAACACGAAUAAUAAAUUAACAUUGAAGAACACGAAAAAUAUUUAAUUUAUCAUACAAUUUAUGUACAUUUUAUAUACAUUUUCUAUUAUAUAUUGAAUAAAUCCUAAAAUAAUAUUUACAAAAAAGUGACCAUGCUACAAGCAUCACAUGACUUCAUUGGCCCUGAGCCAGCUAUUCCGAUAUCGAAGUGUUGGAUUAAGCUUCAGAUUCACACCUGGGCUGUCACUCAAUACAGACAAUAUUGGAAUAGUUUGGAGUCAUGUCGUCAAACCAAAUUGUAUAGAGCUGAGCCAUCUCUACGGGUGGCGAAGUAUCUAACUAAUCUGUCUAAGCAGAAUUGCAGCAUGCUGGUCAAAGCAUUGACUGGCCACUGCCGACUCAGCUAUCACAUGGCGAAUAUUCAGCAAGCUGAUUCAUUUGCCUGCGAUAGCUGUGAAUCCGAUUAUGGAACUUCGUAUCAUUUGAUAUGUAACUGUCCAGUUUUCGCGCAACUGCGUUUCCGAGUAUUCGGUAAACACUUAUUAAGUGAAACUGACUUCAGAAACCUGAAUCUUCAGGAUAUUCUGUUGUUCUUAACCCGCUGUGGUAAAGAGCUAUAGGCUCUCUUUCGCUUUAUGCGUUAUUACAGUGCCCUUUUCAGGGCGCUGUUUGAACCCAUUGUGGUACGCUUGUGCGUUAGUACCCUCUUCCAGGGUAUUUUUCCUAUUUCCCUACCUGUCCCUAUCCCCAUCCAAAUCCUUUUCCCUCCCUUUUCCCUCAGGUAGAUGAUGAAAUAGGCUGUUAUUUUGGCGAUGGCACAAAUGUCCCAAAUGGAGGAUAACGUGCCUCUGGAGCCGGCUUUCUGAUACCUGAUACUCCGUCGACAAAUUCCAUGGUAAUGGUUUUGGAAUUUUCUUUAACAACUCCUUUGGAUUCUUUUGAGAGCUGAUCCGGAAAUUCCUUUGACAUUCAUUUAGAAAUCGUUUCUGGAAGUGCCAUCGAAACUCAUUCGGUAUUUUUUGAGAAAUUCUUCAGCAAUGCACAGUGGGAAAAAAUAGGUGUAAAACGCGAAUUAAUUCAACAUCUCUGCUCGGAGUGGAUGAAUUUGAAGGAAUUUUUGACACAAACUGUAAAAAUCUCUAUAGUUUCAGAUAAGGAGGGUGUCAUUCGCCGCACGAUGCUGGAAAUCAGCGUAUUGAGCUCGUUUCACCCCGUUCUCUCUCUCAAACACCUUUUUGAGAAAAUCCUCAUUUAUUCCCGACUGGCGUGCAAAU